AUAAGGGCCUUCUGCAAGGCUGAGAUUUCCUAUUUAUUGUCAACCAGUGUGGGAAAGAGGAGGAGGAAGGGGCUGAACCAGGCAGGCUGGAGGCAGCCCUGUCCAGCUGCAGCUCAGGCUCUUAGUUGGAGAGCUAACUGCCCAGGCUGCAUUCAGCUCCACUGCGAAGGGGAGUCCGGCUGGGAGAUGGCCACUAAGGUAGCGUGUAGGCCGGGGGACGUCCUGGGAACCUUCGGAGCGGCGGCGGCAGCUCGGGAGCACGUCCAGGCAGUCACACGGAACUACAUCACCCAUCCCCGAAUCACCUACAGGACUGUGUGCAGUGUCAAUGGACCCUUGGUUGUUCUGGAUAAUGUAAAGUUUGCCCAAUAUGCUGAGAUCGUCAACUUCACUCUCCCAAAUGGCACUCAGAGAAGUGGGCAGGUCCUGGAGGUGGCUGGGACCAAGGCCAUUGUUCAGGUAUUUGAAGGGACUUCAGGGAUUGAUGCCCAGAAGACAACUUGUGAGUUUACUGGUGACAUCCUUCGGACCCCGGUAUCAGAAGACAUGCUAGGUCGAGUCUUCAAUGGGUCUGGCAAACCCAUUGACCAAGGGCCAGAAGUUAUGGCUGAAGACUUUCUGGACAUCAAUGGUCAGCCAAUCAACCCCCAUGACCGAAUCUACCCUGAGGAGAUGAUCCAGACAGGCAUCUCACCCAUCGACAUCAUGAACAGCAUUGCCCGUGGCCAGAAGAUCCCCAUCUUCUCUGCCGCCGGACUCCCUCACAAUGAGAUCGCGGCGCAGAUCUGCCGCCAGGCCGGGCUGGUGAAGAAGUCCAAGGAUGUCAUUGAUUAUCACGAGGACAACUUCGCCAUCGUGUUCGCCGCCAUGGGGGUCAACAUGGAGACGGCAAGAUUCUUCAAGUCCGACUUUGAGCAGAACGGCUCCAUGGGCAAUGUCUGCCUGUUCCUGAACCUGGCCAACGACCCCACUAUUGAAAGGAUCAUCACACCCCGCCUGGCAUUGACCACAGCUGAGUUCCUGGCCUAUCAGUGUGAGAAGCAUGUGCUGGUCAUUCUGACAGAUAUGAGCUCCUAUGCAGAGGCCCUGAGAGAGGUCUCAGCUGCCAGGGAGGAGGUACCCGGCCGACGAGGUUUCCCUGGGUACAUGUACACGGAUCUGGCCACCAUCUAUGAGCGGGCAGGCCGAGUGGAAGGCCGGGGAGGUUCCAUCACGCAGAUCCCCAUUCUCACAAUGCCCAAUGAUGAUAUCACGCACCCCAUCCCUGACCUGACGGGCUUCAUUACAGAGGGACAGAUCUAUGUGGACAGACAGCUGCACAACAGACAGAUCUACCCUCCUAUCAACGUGCUUCCCUCCCUGUCACGUCUGAUGAAGUCCGCCAUUGGGGAGGGCAUGACCAGGAAGGACCAUGGGGAUGUCUCCAACCAGCUGUACGCUUGCUACGCCAUAGGGAAAGACGUCCAGGCCAUGAAGGCGGUGGUGGGGGAGGAGGCCUUGACCUCGGAGGACCUGCUCUACCUCGAGUUUCUGCAGAAGUUUGAGAAGAACUUCAUCAACCAAGGCCCCUAUGAAAACCGCAGCGUGUUUGAGUCCCUGGACCUUGGCUGGCAGCUGCUGCGCAUCUUCCCCAAGGAGAUGCUCAAAAGGAUCCCCCAGAACAUUAUUGAGGAGUUCUACCCACGAGACGGCUACCAUCAGAGCCUGCUCACCAGCCCGGACGCUGCGGACUCCUCCGAGGUGUCCGACUCGCAGCUCUAAGGCUGCCUCUGGAUCGCACCCCCAGCAUGGACUCCUGCCUCUGCCCAAGGCCCACCCCCUCCCCUGAUCUCUCCCCAGCCUCACUCUGGGGCCACCGCACUGAUGGAUACCUCCACCAUCUAAAGUCUGGCUGCCUCCCCCUCCAGCCAAACCGCUUCUGGCGUAGCUCUGUCCCCAAGCUUUUGUUCCUCCUGCCCUCUGUCAUUCCCCUGCCCUCCAUCACCCCCCUGCCCUCUGUCAUUCCCCUGCCCUCCGUCACCCCCUGCCCUCUGUCACCUCAUCUGCCCUCCGUCACCCCCCUGCCCUCCGUCAUCCCCCUGCCCUCCAUCACCCCACCUGCCCUCCUUCCUCCAAAUGAGGAAACCUCCAGGCUUCAGCCCCACCCUAGGCUUUUCCAGGAGGCCAGAUCACUCCAUCAUUGCUUGGAUACUAGCAGGAAGAAGAAAAUGGAGGAGGCAAAAAUCAGCUCCCUCCCCUGCUAACUUCAGCUACAUUUUCUUAAAAAUCCCUUUGCUUAAGAAUACAUAGAUGUGUGUGACUUGACUAAUAAAUCAAUAAACAUUUAUUAAGCACCUAC